UAGUCUAAAGUAAGCUAUUCUAAAGGGUCAAUAUUUUUAUGACGAUUAGCUCAAAAGAAAUAACACCAUAAUGGCUUAUUCCUGGGAUAAUCGCGUCGAUUUUGUUGUUCGGUAUAUGUAUGAUAUUGACAACAACGGAUUUUUGGACCAAAAUGACUUCCUAUGCAUGGCAGUUAGGGCCUGCGUCGUUGAAGGAAAAGGUGAUUGCAGCACUGCUCGAUUGGAUGAAUAUAAAAAACUUAUGAAAAAUUUGUGGGAGGAGAUCUCUGCAAUUGCUGAUGAUGACAAGGAUGGAAAAAUAUCAAAUCAGGAGUUCAAGGAUGCAGUAAAAAAAACAUGCGUGGGGAAAAAAUACGAGGAAUUUCCACAGGCCAUGAGGGCAUUCAUUGAAUCGAACUUUAAACUGCUUGACAUAGACAGCGAUGGAAUUGUUGGAGUGAAAGAAUACCGUUAUAACUGCAUAACUAGAAUAGCCAUCGACGACAUUGCCCCAAUUGACAAAGCCUUUGAAACAUUGCUAAACGACGAUGAUCGGAAACGUGGAGGUCUUUCGCUAGACCGGUACAAAGAACUUUACGGUCAAUUUUUGGGUAACACAGCUGAUAAUCAUCCGGCAGUGAAUCUUUUUGGACCUUUAUAAAUAUUCUUUUAAAAUUAAUUGUCUUCGCUGUUGUUCAACUACUAUUUAUUAAGAUGUAUUUGUAAUUACUAUGACUUAAAAUUUAUUAUCACAUAGCAAUAAAACAUUCAUAUCAUUUUGUGUAGAAUCGUCAGAUGACCAGUUCGUUAACUUUAAUGUUUUAUAGUUAGUUAAGUACCUUUGCUCUCAGAAGUUAAAUAUAGGUUAUGAUGUUGAUUUGCUCUCCUUGAAAAGGCUCUUAAGUUAUAAGCCUCUCUCUCGAAGCCUUAUUGAUUUCAAAUAAUUGUUGUGUUAAAUAAAAACUUAUUAUAAAUAUAGUUAUUAAAAUAAAUGAAUUAAACUUUCGCUAAA